AUGAGCCUCCAACUCCACAGCUGGCCAAAUCCCAAAGUCCUUAACCGAACCGUAAUAUGGCCCGACGCCGAAGGUCAGACCGAAAACCGGUAUACAGCGCGCCAGACGGGCAGGUCUGAAAAGCUGCCGGCCGGGACAGCCUCCAAGCUGCGCCACAAUCCAAACCAGCAUGAGACCGAGUGGAUCACUCUGUUAGAGAGGAAAUGGACAGCAGGCACGCGGAAGUACAUACCACCGCUGCUGUGGUUUGACAAGCUCCCCUGGAGAUCCCCAACUGGGUAUGACGACGUCGGCUUACGGAAACGCAGAGUCAUCCUCGCGCUUGUCCAUCGCAGGAACAACACCACAUGCUGGGGUAUGAGCAGAAAGCAGGGCGGACCCUCAAGAGACCCUGCUUCACGGCGGUACCGUUCAUGCAUCUUUAGUCGGGCUGCUCAAAUCGAAGUUCAGACCGGGAAUCGAGGGUCUCGAGGUUCAUGA